AAAAUCAACAAAAUCCCAUCCAACCAUCCACCACUUGUACGAAAUAGUGAAGGGGAUCAGUGGUGUCCUUUUCUCCACCCAACCUCGCCGCAGCUUCUCCUCCCAAUCUGCCGCGGACGACGACGGUGAGGCGCGCGACGGCGACCGGUGCGACGGUAUGUGACUCGACGGCGAGCGGUUCAGAAGAAGAAACGAACCAGUGCGGAGCAGCAGAAGAAAAAGAGUGAAACCCCAAUCCCCUAAUCAGAGAACCCUGGUAAUUUAAAUAGAAGUUCAGUUCCGAACCCAAAGUUUAAGACACAAGGGGUUUAUCUGCUCUCUAAAGUUUGGAUUUUGUGGAUGGGAGCAUCGGAUCUUCCUGCGUUAACGUACAGUUGUGGGUGAUCAUCACUUCGCACUGCCCAUGUGACUGAAGAGUUAGAGUUACAGUACUGCACAUAACAUGUUUGAUGAAUUUCAAGGAUGAGAUUCAUGGCGCACGUCUUGUUCAAACCUGCAUGGAAACGUUCUUGGUCUAAAGCUAUGUGUACCCAGAAUUUGCAAAUACUUUCAUUUUCCCAGUACUCCACAUUGCCGCCAGUAUCUGUCUCUCCCCAGUUCCAAGAGCUCUGCAGCGUUGUCAUGAGCACUGUUGGUGGGCUAGAUGAUCUGGAGUUGAGCCUAAAUAAGUUUAAAGAUUCUUUAACUUCGUCUCUUGUGAGUCAGACUAUUGAUUCUAGUAAGCACGAGGCACACACUAGAAGAUUGCUCAGGUUCUUUUUAUGGUCUAGUAAGAAUCUGAAUCAUAGUUUGGAAGACAAGGAUUACAAUCAUGCUCUUCGAGUUUUUGCUGAAAAGAAAGACUACACAGCAAUGGAUAUUUUGAUGGGAGAUCUCAAGAAGGAGGGUCGAGUCAUGGAUGCAGAGACUUUUGGUGUUGUAGCGGAUACUUUGGUUAAUCUGGGAAAAGAAGAUGAGGCAUUGGGUGUUUUCAAGAACUUAGACAAGUAUAAUUGUUCUAUAGAUGAAUUUACUGUCACUGCUAUCAUUAAUGCCCUUUGCUCCAAAGGGCAUGCCAAGAGGGCUGAAGGGGUAGUUUGGCAUCAUAGAGACAAGAUUACAGGCGCACUACCUUGCAUAUAUAGAAGUCUUCUUUACGGGUGGUCUGUGCAGAGGAAUGUGAAAGAAUCUAGGAGAAUUAUUAAAGAGUUGAAAACGAAUGGGUUUAUUCCAGAUUUGCUAUGCUACAACACAUUACUCAGGUGCCUCUGUGAACAGAAUCUUAGACAUAAUCCUUCGGGACUUGUUCCUGAAGCUUUAAAUGUCAUGAUCGAGAUGAGGUCUUAUAGGGUUUUCCCAACCUCUAUCAGUUACAACAUACUCCUUUCUUGUCUAGGGAAGACCCGAAGAGUCAAGGAAUCUGUUCAAAUACUCGAAACAAUGAAAAAUUCUGGUUGUGAUCCUGAUUGGGUCAGCUAUUAUCUUGUGGCAAAGGUGUUAUUUCUGAGCGGCAGGUUUGGUAAGGGGAAAGAGAUAGUGGAUCAAAUGAUUGGAAAAGGUUUGAUGUCAAAUCAUAAGUUUUACUAUAGUUUAAUUGGUAUUCUCUGUGGAGUUGAAAGGGUAAAUCAUGCCGUUGAACUGUUUGAGAAAAUGAAGAAAAGUUCAAUGGGAGGUUAUGGACCUGUUUAUGACGUGCUCAUUCCAAAGCUUUGUAGAGGCGGAAAUUUUGAGAAGGGGAGAGAGCUCUGGGAUGAAGCUACAUCAAUGGGCAUCAUUCUUCAGUGUACCGAAGAUGUUUUGGAUCCUUCAAUAACGCAAGUUUACAAACCUAAGAAGCCAGAAAAAAACAGUCUUGUAGACAGCUCUAAAGCCAAGUCUACACACAAAGUUAAAAAAUUUGUUGGAAAAAUAAAGAUGAGAAAAAAAUAUGAUGCAACGAAGAGGAAAAAAGUUAAAAAGUUUACUUCAAAUUAAUUUGAUAGUUUUACAGUUCCA